GCGGGCGCAGUGUUUCACUGGAGCCCGAAAGAGCAAGAAUUUGCCCAUCGCUUUCCACCCGGGGCGCGGCGCCAUCUUGUCCAGCGCCCCUGGAGGAGAGGGUGCCGACAGGGUGGGCACGCCUGGCCCGUGGGCCGCCCUGGCAGCUCGGGCGCCCAGCCGCGGUGAGUCCGGUCCGUGGCUGUUUGUGUCCACUGUUCUGUAGCGGUUGACAGCACGAGACACGCCUCGGCCACCGUCACGUGCACACGCAGCCCUUCGCCGCUAGGGGGCAGGGAGGGAGGGGUGGAGAGCCCAUCGGUGACAGCACUGUGCUUAGUUUAGCAGGACCCCCCCCCGUGUGGCCGUACAGAUGCGGAUCACCAUUACUCCCAGCAACUAGUGAACACUAGUGAACUAGUGAGAAGAUGGAGUCUAAUACUGUCUUGCUAGAGUAUCAGAUAUCCAGUAAAGUGUAGACCCAGUAUAUGGCCUUGUGCAUAGCACAGAAAGCACUAUUAUAGAUCACUAUUAUCAUGAUGUGAGCAGGAUGGCAGAGUAGAUAUGGUCGGGUCACAUUUGUUCACGGAACCCUUAUUUGAAAGGGCAAGGAAUCUACUUUUGUAAAUUGGCUUAAUCCAAUUUUCCACUGGCUGAUCAAGGCUCCUGACCUAAGGAUCAUCCUUAGGUCAUUAUCUCGCAGUUCACUGAGCACACUGGGCCCGUGCCCUGUGAGCAACAGACCGGAGACACAGCAUUCCUGCAGCCAGAAGCCCUUGUUUUUAACCCACGUGACUCAGGCGAGCUCCAGGAAGCAGAGAUUAUAUGCCUGCCCGUUGCUGUUGCCGAGAGUGAAUCAUUUCGGGAAUAAAAAUAGUCCCCUGACCUUUUACGGGCUAAAGCCUGAGAAAUAAACACUUUCAUCUUCCUCGGACUGGAGUUCUAAGAAUACAGCAAGCACGCGAACUGGGAGGGAGCCUCCCCAUCUUGGAGAUGGUUCAUUCCUCAGAUAUGAGGAAUCGUAGCAAGAGCAGGGAUGGGCUCUUCCACUUGGGAGGUAUCGGGGGGGGGUGUAAUCACAAAAUUCCAGUGAAAAUGAGGAGGUGAGCACAGGAUCUGGGGGUAUCCACUUCCUCUAGGGUGUUGGUCUCUUGGGCUGGUACACAACGUGGCUGGGGCGUGCAGGCCGCCUUUUCCUAAAUGCUUGUGUCAGUUUCCGUUCCUAAAGUGCACAGAGACUUCCUUGAAAAGGCAAACCCUUCAGCAGCUUCUCCUCUCCUUCAAGUGCAGCAGCGAGCCAGGCAGGAAUGUGUAGAGUCUCAGAGGGCCCUGUGACCCCCACCCCCCCCCUCAGCUCCCUGCAGACGCAGCCGGAGUGGGAGGGCACACCGCGCCCAUCUCACCCCGUGCCCACCGCGCUGAUCCCGGCAGGGGCCCUACUACCCUUCCCAGAUCCACCCGCUCGGGGCAGCGCCCCUGAUCGCUCGCCCGUUCCCCGCCGGGUUUCGCUCAUGGGACUCAUGGGAAGCGUGGCGUCAAGCCUUCCCAGAAUGCACUUUGGCCGCCACCCCUUCACCUGGGGGGGCAGUCGGAGCGAUUCUUGGCCCUCUUUGUGGUGCUCAGCGCGGGUUCAGAGUGUGCCGCCAGGGGAAAAGAAGCAAGACGCUAAUCGUGCGAACCCCUCGUCUGCAGGACGAUCACUUGGAGGAGGCUGCAGCAGCCUGGCGUGAAACUAGAACGUUUGACAAAGGACGCCCUGGAACGAGAUGAUGCGUAAAGUCGUGCGGAUUUCAUUCUCUGUACUGGCUGGCACAUCUUAAAAUAAACCAUCCCUACCGUUUGUCGGGGGAGGUGUUUCUUUCCGUGCAAAAUGCCCGAUUCCGUGCAUCCCUCCGUUAGAGGAGGGAAUCACAGCUCACCCUUCCGAAUUCGUCCAGAGGGGGGUCGCAGGUCACAGAACACACCGGAGAGGUUCCCAUUUCCCUGCGUUACAGUAUACCCCACCACUGCCAACUGGGGGGUACACAGGACUGCCUCCCCCAGUUUCAGGGGACUAGCCCUGUGCUUUUUUUUAGGCGGGGUGGUGCCCAAGAUGGCGGUCUAAAACCCCAAAUCCAGGGCACGUGGCCCCCAGUAGCAGCCUCCAGGGGGCGCUGCUGAGCAGCAUUGGAAAAAUCGCACCUGCGAUGCCUGUCACAGCUCAGCUGGUGACUGACGCUGCCAUGACGCUAGGUCAACACUCAGCUCAGUGAGUGAGACACGUCCCGCUCAGAGGACAGGAGUUUCCGGCGUAGAGCCUUUCACCCCUCGCCGCUGUGUGGGUCACACACUUGUUCCGCCCGAGCCCUCCCCUGCUCCUCGUCCCCCGUCGCGGGACCCGCGGGUGCCGAUCAGCGCGGCGCAGGAGGGAGGGAGUCAGUCGCCGUUCCAGGCCCCCGUAAGGAGAGGGGCAAGCGAGGGGUUUGCCUGACUGUGCUUUUUAGGACUCGGGGAGGGAGGGGAUUUCCAGAAAGGUAAAGGGAGGGCCUGACUCGUCGCUCGUCCCCGGAAGGUGGACUGUGCAUUGCUUGGUUGUCUGCAGAAUGUACCUUGAAGGAUGUAAAAUGUGUCUCUUUUCAUGUUUUUUUUUGUCCUCUCCUUAUUCCGUUAUCUCACCAUCUCGCUCUCUCUCCCGCCAGACUGUAUCAGGAUAGACUGUAACCUCAGCAAGGGACCGGAGACGCUGUUCGCGGGGCAGAAGCUGAACGAUAACGAGUGGCACGGGGUGAAGGUGGUGCGCAGAGGGAAGAGCCUGCAGCUCUCUGUGGACAACGUCACUGUGGAAGGCACGAUGACCGGCGCCCACACGCGCCUGGAGUUCCACAACAUCGAGACGGGCAUCAUGACCGAGCGGCGCUUCAUCUCGGUGGUGCCGUCCAACUUCAUCGGGCACCUGCAGGGCCUGUCGUUCAACGGCGUGCCCUACCUGGACCAGUGCAAGAACGGGGACAUCAGCUACUGCGAGCUGAACGCGCGCUUCGGCAUGCGCCACAUCAUCGCCGACCCCGUGACCUUCCGCUCCAAGGGCAGCUACCUGGCGCUGGCCACCCUGCAAGCCUACGCCUCCAUGCACCUCUUCUUCCAGUUCAAGACCACCGCCUCCGACGGCCUGCUGCUCUUCAACAGCGGCGACGGCAGCGACUUCAUCGUGGUGGAGCUGGUCAAGGGGUACAUCCACUACGUCUUCGACCUGGGCAACGGGCCGUCGCUGAUGAAGGGCAACUCGGACAAGCAGCUCAACGACAACCAGUGGCACAACGUGGUGGUGUCCCGGGACGCGAACAACGUGCACACCCUGAAGAUCGACUCGCGCACGGUCACGCAGCACUCCAACGGCGCGCGCAACCUGGACCUCAAAGGUAGGAGAGGGGGGGGCUGA